CGGCGAACUCCUCUUCUCUUAUCCCAACGGCCGCCGUACUUCCUCAACAACAACAACAAACGACACCAACGUCGCAUUCCACGCCCACACAUGCGGUUAUGUAUGAAGAGCCCCCUUCAGUGCCAAUCGUCUCCGCACAACAGCAACAACAACAGCAGCAACAGCCACUUCACCUGCCCCCUCAACAGCAACAGCUCGCUACCACACCAGUCGGCGGUGGGCACAGUCCCUCCCAAACGCCUUCAGGCAUCGUCUCACAAACGCAGCAGCAUCUCACAUCACCUCACCACCAACAGCAGCAACAAACGAAUAGUGUGCCUCCUGGUGCGUCAACAAGUCUCCAGCAGCAACAACAACAGCAGCAGCAGCAGCAGCAACAACAACAACAACAACAACAACAACAAAACACAGCAGUGGCGUCCGGCCAAACUCAGAUUGUUGCGCCGUCAACGGCGAGUGUUUCCCCCUCCAGUGUUAGUUCCCAACCACCAGACAUGUCCCUGUUAGCACCUCUGCAUAUUCCCGCGAUCCGGCCUGGUUUCGAAGCCGAUGCAACGGCUGCUGUUAAACGGCAUCCUCACCCAUGGGCCUAUGAUGGUGAUGGCUUCAGCUCGGCACAAUACCAUGCUUCGCAAUACUUUCUAGAUCGAGAUCGAAAACCAGUUUUUUAUGGCUAUCCCGAAACGCAAUAUCAGCCGUAUUGGAAUUACCGGGACCAACCCACACCGGCUGCGGCGGCCUACAUGAGCGCUAGUGAUGAGCGACAUGCUGCCGCAGCUGCCGCCCGCCAGUCCGUCGAGGGCACUUCGCAGUCGAGUUACGAAACGCCAACAUAUUCUUCUCCUAGCGGUCUGCGGGGAUACCCAAGUGAGGCCUAUUCCAGCACAGGUGGAACUGCUGGCAUUCCAGUUGGCACGGUCGGUCCUUGUACGCCCACUAAUGCGCUACACGAAUGGACUGGCCAGGUUUCUGUUCGAAAAAAGCGUAAACCUUACUCGAAAUUCCAGACCCUUGAAUUAGAGAAGGAGUUCCUCUACAAUGCGUACGUCUCUAAACAGAAACGUUGGGAGUUGGCAAGAAAUUUAAAUCUUACCGAACGACAGGUAAAGAUUUGGUUCCAGAACCGACGAAUGAAAAACAAAAAAAAUUCGCAACGCCAAGCCGCCCAGCAGAAUAACAACAGUAGUGCAAACAGCAACCAUAACCAUGCGCAGGCUGCGCAACAACACCAUAAUACUCAUCAUAUGAACUUGGGCCUAAGCAUGGGACAUCAUUCUACCAAAAUGCACCAGUGACCUUUGGACAACAGCAGUGCCAGCGCAAUGGGUUUCACCACCUACUAGCAUUUGGCGAAUAUCAAGACUGAAAUGCAGUCGGAAUUCCAGUAAACUUGCAAAUCUAGUCAAUUCAGCAUAAAUCUACUAAUGAAUAACUGGACACAACUAAAUUUAGCAACUAUCACCUAAACAGAUACCUAAACACAUACUUAUAUAUGUACAUCGUUCAUUUAAAUUAUUAUUGAUAAAUGUAUGAGCACCGACACACAUACUUACAUACAUAUGUAUGUACUUACAUACGUACAUAUGUAUGUAUUUAUAUUGACGAAACAGUGCUCAAUAUGUAAAUACUAUAUUGUUGUGCCUGAUGUGUGGCAACAUAAUACUAUAUAUCUAUACUACCUAUUAUUUCUUCGUAAUUGUAGGCUGUAAUUUUGACCAAUUAAAAGUUUCUGAAAUUAGGAAAAGUUUUGUUAUAUCCUUUUUUCCCAAUAAAUAUUAAGUUUUUUUACCAGUGUAAUCUCAAACUUCCGGGGUUUUGCAAUUAAUUACUAAUAUGUCAGAACUUAAUAUCAAACCAAAUAAAAUUAUAUAUUUGCAUACAUAAUUUUGGAUGAUAGAUAUAUGUAUAUAGAUACAUAAACUGCCUUCUUAGCGGUUUUGGAGCAAAAUAAAAUUAACUUAAUUCUAAGGAGUAAUAGCUUAGUAUGUCGUCUAUCCUACUUAUAGAAAAUACUACACACUUACUGCUUUUACAAGCACAGAUUUGCUCGCAACUGAAUUCCGUCUUCUAGCAGGAAAGUCUAGAAUUACUCGAUUUAUAAAGACACGCAAAGGGCACUGCUGGGUUCAGAGGAAUAAUUUAAAUAAAUAUAAAAAAAUAUAAG